AUGGCAUUACCCAUAUCAACCUCCAUAACUAAUCCAUCACCAACAGUUAUAAUAAUCGCAUCAGUUUUAGUAUUAUUUGGAAUAGUUGCUUUUAUACCAGAGAGUGAAGAUAUAUAUAGCGUAUAUAGUCUAGAUGAUGAUGAUAAUAACAUUAACAAUAAAAAUAAAAAUAAAAGGAGAAAUAAUAAUAUAAAUCAUAAUAACAAUAACAACAACAAUAAUAAUAAUAUAAAUAAUAAUAAUAAUAAUAAUAAUCUAAACUAUAAUUUUUCAUCAUCUUCAAUUUCAUCAUCAACAUCAUCAAUCUAUACAAAUAACAAAAUAAAUAAUAAUAAUGACAUAAAUAGUAAUACUAUUGACAACACUAACCGCCUCCUUGGUUUGAAUCAAGAGUUAAUGGAACAAAUCCAUGCGGAAAGAUCAGGAAGAAUAAUUGCAGAGAAAAAACAUGAGGAGUCCACAAUGCUUCUUCAUUCAUUACAAAAGGAAAUGGUCCAAAGAGAAGAGUUUGAAAAGAAAUUACUCCAACUCUGUACAAUAGAAAUAAAGAAAAAGAAACAAUACCAAGAUUCUUUAGGUGAUUUAUCCGAGCAAAUAUCCCAUAUUUUGGAUACAAUUUCAAAUCAAUCUUUAAUAGUAAAUAAAAAUAAUGAAAAUAAUAAUGUAAAUAAUAUAGACAAUACAGAUAAUAUAGAUAGUAAUAAAUCCUCAGAUAAUAUGGAUACCAAUAUUCACAUAAAUAAUGAUAAGAUAUUAAUUUCAAUAGACAGUAAUUUGGUUUCACAAUUUGAGGGCAUUUCAAAUAUAAUUAAAUCGCUUCAACAAAGUACCAGUAGUAAUAUGGAGAUUAAUAACCAACAUAGCGAUACCCAUCUUCACAACCAACUUCACCUUAAUAUAGAUAAUAACAAUAAUAAUAAUAACUACCCAACCUCAGAAGAAUCAUUAUAUUUAGAGCUUGUAAAAAUCAGUAAAAACACACUUCCUUUUCAAUUCAGUGAUAUUAUCUCUAAUUAA